CAAAACCGGGCGCGGCCCACUCUCGGGAGGCUUUAUCUUUGCCCACUCCUGCACUUCCCCACCGCAGCUCAUAUCUCGUCCACUCCAAACCCUAGCCUCCUCCUCCUCUCGCCGCCGCCGCCGCCGCCGCCGCCGCUGCCGCCGCAGCCGCCAUGUCAGGGAGGAAGAAGACCCGCGAGCCCAAGGAGGAGAACGUGACGCUCGGCCCCGCCGUCCGCGAGGGGGAGCACGUCUUCGGCGUCGCGCACAUCUUCGCCUCCUUCAACGACACCUUCAUCCAUGUCACGGAUCUGUCCGGGAGGGAGACGCUCGUCCGCAUCACCGGUGGCAUGAAGGUCAAAGCUGAUCGUGAUGAAUCAUCCCCUUAUGCAGCUAUGCUUGCAUCUCAGGAUGUUGCUGUAAGAUGCAAGGAGCUUGGAAUUACUGCUCUGCACAUUAAGCUCCGUGCUACUGGUGGAAACAAGACAAAAACUCCAGGUCCUGGUGCUCAAGCUGCGCUUAGAGCUCUUGCACGUUCUGGCAUGAAGAUUGGACGCAUUGAGGAUGUUACCCCGGUCCCAACUGACAGCACCCGCCGGAAGGGUGGUAGAAGAGGAAGGAGGCUGUAAUUCCAUGCUCGUUCAAGGAUGGAACAAUACCAAGCUAUCGAUAUCCUGUGUCUUGCAACUUGUUCUGUACUACUCCGUUUAUGAUGUUAAGUCAGAUCUUGUGGAUUUAUAGAUUUUGAGAGAUAUUGUGUUGCAUGUUUAGAAAAUGACCCUUUCCCGGCUUUGAAUCAAGUGGUUGCCAUCUAUUAUUACA